AUGUCGACUCAAUCACACACUCCGUUAGCCCAAGUCGGGAAGCUGGUGAGCGUGGUUCCAGUCGGCCUGAAAGAAGCCGCCCUCGACUCCCCGACCUUUCGCGCCACUACCCUCCACUUCUGCGACCAAAUCGAGUUUAUCGAGAAAUGGCUGGACGGAUAUGCUAAAGCUGCCACAAAACUCUCCUCGGAGCUUUCAACGAUCGAGAGUGUUGUUGGCAGCUUCCUUUCCUAUUCAACUCACCCUUUGGUGGUCUCCGAAGCUGUGGUGGAUCAUGACUACACCCUGCUGGCGAUGAGGAGGUGCGGGGAGAGCUCAAAGGACAUGUGGAGUGGGCUGGUAACGACAACCAAAAAAAUGGAGGCAUUGAUUGCUGAACCAAUCCGUGCCUUUAUUCACGAGGAUCUGCGGAACUUCAGGGAAACUCGCCGUAACCUUGAACAAACCCAGAAACAAUAUGACUACUUACACGCACGGUAUGCUUCACAGUCAAAGUCCAAAGAUACCUCUGCCCUUAGAGAGGAAGCCUUUCAGCUCCAUGAAGCUCGCAAACUUUACCUAAGAGCGUCGAUGGACUUUUCCGUCCAAGCACCCCAGAUCCGAAACGCUCUUGAUAGACUUCUUGUUCGAGUCUCCUUUGAUCAAUGGCGAGAGUUUCGAGGGUUUCACAAAAAUAACGGCGUGACUUUUAACAAAUGGACACACGAGAUGGAUCGUAUUAAGGGAUGGACGCACGAAAUGGAAGGCAGUGAUAGAUCCUCAAAACGAGAGCUGUUAGCCACAAGAAAGCAGAUUGAGGAGGCCGCUGAAAUCGUGGCGAGGCCAUCUCGUGAAUUGGAGGAUUAUUCCAUCUCAACUGUACCAUACCUUGGCUCACGUCCCCUCUCGACUCUCAAUAUGGGCAAGGAAGCAAAGCCAGAAAAGCAGGGAUGGCUCAGCUUGCGAACACUCUCUGGAAAACCCACUCGUACUGUGUGGGUGAGACGUUGGGCCUUUUUGAAACACGGGAUUUUUGGAUGCUUGGUUCAAGGAUCCCGCACCGGCGGUGUUGAAGAAAGUGAGCGCAUCGGUGUUCUGCUUUGUAGUGUUCGUCCUGCCUUCCAGGAGGAGCGGAGAUUCUGUUUCCAAGUUAAGACCAAGAACAACAGUAUUCUCCUACAAGCUGAAACGCAGAAGGAGCUAAUGGAGUGGAUUGGUGCCUUUGAAGCGGCGAAGCGAAAGGCCCUCGAAAACCCCAGCAGCACCGAUUUGUCUGUCUCUGGAAAAAUGACCGUUCAGGACCCCGCAUUUGCCAUUUCUCAGCCUCCUGCUCCCGAAUUUACGGCAGACCCAACUGAUUCCCUCACGCCGUAUCCGAACGACGAGUCAAGCUCGGUGGAUCGCAGCGCAACCCUGCCAAUUCCAGACCGUGAUGCAUUGUCUUUCAGGGCAAGCACAGAAAUAGGGAGCCGAAGACUCACUGGUAAUGACAGCGAGGGCUCUACCAGGGCGCACAUUAUCCAGAAAUUGGACCUUCAUCGCAAAUCGAAUAACGCCCCUCCGGCAUCACCAUCCAUUCCAGGCCCAGCAGGAGGCAUCGCAAGUCUCAUUUCUGCAAGCCACAAUAUUCUUUCGUAUAAUGGUGCCAAUUUUGUGAGCAUAAAGGAUGGAGAUGCGCAUCGUGGUCGCAGCUUGAGCCUUCUAGAUGAGCCUGGAGCAAGUCUUGCCCCCGCUACACUCGCAAACCCACCUGCGCCUACAAGCAUGAGUAAGGCUGCAGUGGUAGUGAGUAGCGAGAGAGGUAUUGGGCUAGGGCUUGUUGAUAGCACAGGGGGCAUGCCCAGUGGUAUGAUGGCAAAUCUCUGGGGAAGUUCUAAUUGGGGCUUCAUAAAUAAGCUUGAGCUAGAGCAGCCCCGACAGAUCAAUGGUGACCAUCCUCAUUCCGCAGAUGAUAAAUCCUCAUCUGAUGUGACUGAUUCGUCAAAGAGUGGACUCAUCGCCCAGCCGGAUAGCUCAAAUGCAACACAAGCUGCCCGGUCUGUCCCAUCUGGCCCAAGGCAUAGACAGACCGUGAGUCUUGACGGGGAGGCGGCAACUAAGAUUCAGCAAGCCGCGCAGUCUGCAGUCAAGAAGCAGAUUGAGAACAAGUAUCCCGCAAUGUAUCCGCAACAGUUGAAAAUCCAGGAUGCGCAAUUUAGAUUGCUCUUCCCUGACGUCAAACAAGAAGAAGCGCUGGUUAUGGUCUUCCGGGCAACUUGGAGUCCGAAUGACCAACAGGAGUUUCCUGGUAGAGCUUACAUUACAACCAGGGACGUUUAUUUCUACAGCCAUCAUUUUGGUCUUGUAUUGACUACAAGUGUUAGCUUAGAAAAUAUUAAGGAAGUCACGGCCGCCACCGGCAGAGACUGUGAUUUCCUUUUCCUUCACACUGUCCCGCCUCUUGGUAGCGAUACACCUGGCCGAAUCGCGAUCAAGACAUUCCUUGAGCCGCUGAAGCUCCUUCAAAAACGCUUGAACUUCUUGAUCCAAGCAUCGAUCGCGGUCCAACAAUUGAGCCUCGAAGAAUUGUUAAAAGAGCUUAUCAAGAUGGACAGUGGAAGUGCCAAGCGUGAUACAAGUGCAGACAGUUGGGAGGACAUUUCAUCUGAUGCCAGGCAAGACAGCCAACUUUCAGCUGUGGGCAAUAACCUCCGGGCUCCCAUCUACAUUGACAAAGACCUUGAUCUGGACCGAAACCAAAGCGGGCGAGAUAUUCCCAAGUUUAGGCUUCCUACCCAGCCCGUGGAGUAUGUGCCCCAGGGCGACCUCGUUCUUACGACUGAAAAGGUGCUCGAUGUCAGCCCCAAGGCACUGUUCCAUAUCCUUUUUGGAGACAAAAGUGCUGUCUGGCAGCUCUUGCUCCAUGAGAGACAAGCUCGAGAUAUCAAGCAAGGCCCCUGGACGAGUAAUGAAUCACGACAUCUCAGACGAGACCUCCAUUAUAAUAUUGCAGCAACGGAUGUCUUUGGUAAAACUCAUGACAACGCUAUUUCAGAUUACCAAAUCGUUGACGUUCUCAACGACCAUUUGUGCUAUGUGAUUACUGAUAAGCGUACGCCCUGGCAUCUCCCACUCCGGCGACACUUCCGUUUGGUUAGCAAGGUCGUCAUCACUUUUGUCGCCAAGUCGAAGAGUAAACUUGCUAUAUACAGCAAGGUCGAAUGGCUUAAGACUAGCUACGGUCUAGGAAACAUGAUCGAUAAGAGGGCCGGCGACGAUCUAAAAGAAGACGCGUUAGAUCUGAUUGAUCUGGUGAGCGAUCAAGUACGACGCUUGGGUGCACACAGUCGUACAAAGAAGGCCAUCACUAUAUUUGGUCAUGUUGGACGACAGAGCAACGUUUCUCAUUUCACUGGGGUUGGAGCAAAUAUGAAGGUGGAACCACGAAGGCCACGAGUCCAGCGCACCUUGCCCCAACUCGUCACCGAGACAACGUUAUCCUUCCUUGAAAGCACUGUGUCACUAUUUAUGAUGUGGUUCAUUAGCGGGGUACGAUGGGCAUGGAAGACAGUAAGUGCACACAAGGUUAUCCUAGUGCUACUGAUCACGAGCGCACUCAUGAAUGGCUUCUAUUCUUCACGAGAUUCUUGGGAUUGGUGGCAUGAACGAUAUGCACGGAACUUCAUGGCUAGGCUUGGUGUCCAGCCAGAUAUGGUCAUGACUAAAGCUAUCUACAUUCGAGACAUUGAUGAGGCAGUCGCCAAUUCGACCCUCUGGCCUCAGACCGGGAAUGCUAGCAAUUGCUUCGGAGCAUUUCACGAGCAUACUUUGCGAUAUGCGGAGCUUCCCCUCUCUCUCAGCACCUCCAUUGAAAAGGAAGUGAUCCAAACAGAAUGGGAACGAUGGCUCGGUGAAGAGCUGCGACGUUGUCGUCAAGUUGAGAUCCUUCUCGGAGGCAGCAACGAUCUCAGCGAAGCAGACGCACAGGCGCAACGCAUUUUUGCCGAAAACGCCGACAAUGUGAAGCAGUGGUAUGACAGGUAUUGCAUGAGUUGUCGACAGGAACACGAACAUGUCCAGAAAAACGAAGCCACAAAUUUGCUGGGCUGA